AUGAAUAACGACGGGAACGCCAACGUCGGAGGAGACAGAAACGCCAACGUCGGAGGAGAUAGAAACGCUGACGUCAGAGGAGAGGAAAACGGGAACGAAAAUCAGCUUCCUCAACAUCUAUUCCAGCAUAUGCCGCGCCCUCGAGAAGUGAUCUUCGCGAUGAGCGAAAGGCAAAUUGAGUUAAUGUAUGUUACAUGGGCCGCUGCGCGAAUGCGCGUACGCCAACGAGUCUACCGUCCAGAAGUGCCGUUUAUCCCAAACCCGUUGCCUCCGUUGUGGCCGGACGAAGUGCGUGCGAUGAUGGUGUUAUGGAUUGCGAGGGAGCGUCGCAUGUUUGAGAUGGAAGUCAGAGAGCUCGAAUACCUUUUAGGAUUGAGAUACACUCGAGCUCCAGAAGACAAGUUUGGCGUUGAUAGCUUCGGAAGGUCAGCCAAAACACGUUCCCAAGACCGAAACUACCUCGGCAUACUAAGGGACAUGUUCGUAAGACAACCAGUUGGCGGAGCGGAAGUGCAUGGUGCAUCCGCAGAAUCGAGCGUCGGAGUAGUCGAGGUCAAGGUGUCAGAAGGUCAGCUAAACACGCGCGAGACCGAAACUGCCUCGGCAUACUACGGCGACAUGUUGUUAAGACCACCAGUUGGCACAGCGGAACGGACGAUCAAGAAAAAGAACUCACCUGUCGACGGCAUGAGCUCGGACGAUCAUUCACUAGGGAAUGGCAUUCCUGUCUACCAGGUCCGAAUCAAACAAUGGCGUUCAUGCAAGGUAACAGAGAUACUGCGAGCGUGCGACGCCCUGCAUCUGAGGAUGAGAUAUGGUGGAGACUGGGAUGCAUCGCCUGGAGCUGGGCCUCACCUUCGCAUUCCGUCACUGAAGUACAGCACCAGGGGCUCACUUGUCCUAGCCGUUGGUACAAAGGGAUGCCAUUUGAGGGGAAUCAAUGACGGCCUACCUUAG